CCCAAGCUUCUCAAUCUCGACUGUUUGAUUGAUGAUCGUGUGCCUAUUUCGCCUCUCACAUCUACGACACAGCGCAGAUAUUGAGAGCAGAUACUAACACAGCGGCGCGAAGAAUAAUUUUUCAUGUGCAAUUUUUACGAGUCGGGUUUGAGAUUCGAUCCGUUUACUGGGGCUUGAAGAGAAGGUAUCUAGUUUGAGGAGAACUAGGACGCGCCGCGCAGCUGAGAAAUUGGAGCGAUCGAAAAGAGGAGGAAGAUGGAGAUGGAUAUGGAAGGAGGAAAUAAGGAGAACGUAGUGGACAAUUGGUCCAUAUACCGCGAUGCCUUCACACCCACCACGCUCUCCCACACCACCACCCACAAACCGAAACCCAAACCCUGGGAACGCGCCCCCGUCCCGGCUCACGCCCCGCGCCUCGCCGGCCAGAAAAUCUGGAAGAAAGCCUCCUCCCUGCACCCCACCACCGCACUCUCCCUCGCCGCAGCAGCGGACAAGGAGAAUGCCGUGCAGGCUGACCUCGAGCUCGAGAAUGGCGGGAUGGGAGCUAGGAAGCGCAGACGUGGUGUUCCGGGUGUAGGAGGGAAGGCGAAGGAGAAUAUUGCGGAGGCGAGGUGGAUGGUUGUUGAUGCUGAGGGGAUGGAAAGAUCUGUGGAUGGUGGAAUCGGUGCUGUAAAUGCUAGUCCGAGGAAGGUUGGCGGUGCUGCUGGGUUGUGGGAUGAGGACGCGUUUGUGGUGCCGAGGAAGAGGACGAAUGCCAAUCAUUUGAUUACGCCGCGGAAACCGUUGCGCAGUAUUGAGAAUAGUGUUGUUGCGGCGCCUGUGCUGGAUGUUGGUCAGAGUCCUGUGAAGGCAGCGAUGAGCCCGGCGAAAGUCACUAAGGUUCCUCUUAAUGACGGUGAGGGUGCCGGGAAUGCAGAUCAGGAGACUGAGAAGCCGAGAAGGAGGAGGUCUAUGCGGAAGAGUAGGAGGCUUACGAGGAGUGAUUUGGUUGAGCCCAGUACGGAGGAGAGGAGGGGCUCUUUUAUCUUUGGGCAGAAGGGAGGGGAUGAUGCUGUGGAGAGUUUCUCUGGGGUUGUGGCAAAACUACAACAAGCCAGUACACUGUCUGAAGAGACUUCUCCGAAGGCUGAGCAACCGAACGACGCCCAAGAUUCAGCGCCUGUUCAUGAACAAGCUGUUCUCACUGUACCAGUACUUGAAGCAUCCGAGAAUCAGGAGACCGCCUCUCCCGAAAAGGAGGCAGAUGCAGUGGAGACUUCAUUACCAGAAGCUGUCCAGACAGAGGAAGUAGAAGAGACUGUCCAGCACGAGGCUUGUGAGCAGGUGCAAGAACAAGUCUCUUUCCCUCAACUGCUUGAGUUGACCGACGAGUCUGCUUCGAAGACUGAGGAUGUCCCAGAUGGCGUGCAUGAAAGAGUCGAAACGCAAUCCGAACUUGAUACUAUUGUCGAAAUCUCAACCACUCAAGUUGUCGAACUUCAAACCACCGAGGUGCAAGCAGUUCAGGCAGCAGUCGAGUCAAGCGAUCUUCAUAUUACCACCACCAUCGAGUCCUCCGAACUACAAACCAUCUCAGAACAGUCUCCUCAGACCCCACUCAAGGUCAUACAGCUUCAGCCAGCUACGCUCCAGUCAACUGAGACCGAUAUGGCCAUUGUACUCUCACCUACGAAGGCAGUGGGCACUCCAAGAUCAAGAAGAAAAACACCCCAAAGGAGUGCUACGAGGCGAAGUACCCGGACGAGUCGAUCGAGCCGCGCCAGCUCUGUAGCUCGAGAAGAGCCUUCCGCUCAGGUUGCCCCAGUAUUGGAGGCUGUGGUUUCAGAGACAACAGUCACAAUAUCUACUGGUGCUGAGACUCAUUCUGUAGAUUCAGUCUCCCUGCAUUUGGACUCAAGGGCAUUGCAUGAGGCUGAGCAAGAUAAGAACAUUGUGAAUGUGGACGAAGUGGCCGUCUCGCAAGUCCCAUCAGAUGAUCAGCUGAUGGAUAACACUGCCAUGAAUGAGGUACUCCAAUCAACAGAGACUGCAGAGGCUUGUGUGGAAGUACAGCACGAGAAAGAAACGAAUGCUGCAGAGAAAAGUGUCCCAGAAAUUUCUACUUCUGAGGGACUCGAGGGACAGGAAGAAGUUGAACGAGGCACUUCGGAGCAGGAGAUUUGUGAUGAGCAGUUACGAGAGGAGUUCGAGAUCUGGACGCCAAAGCGCAAGCGUGGUCGGCCAGUCAAGUCUCUAUCCCCCACCAGCGAACCGGUACAAGGCGGACAAUUCUCGGACGAGAUCUCAGAAGAGUCAGCAGAGAGCUUCGAGCUUAUUGAGCCUAUGUCAAUCGCCACUUCCGAAGACGUUCCUUGUAGCCCUCCAGAUGAAGCAUCAGAAGACCUUCCUGGAUCAUCCACACCAGACCCAACCACUACAGAGCUCACCAAAGCCAUCUCUGAGAAUGCUCCGCCUGCUGUCUAUGACCAUGAUGAUACGGACAUGCUCAGAAACUUCCUUUCGAAAGUCAAGGCCAAUAAAGCUGCCAAAGCAAAGACAUACGUUCCAAAGAGAAAGCGGUCACUGCCACACUCACCUCUUCAAAUCCCACUUGAGACAGUAGAUGCUACAUCAUCGCCGGGCUCGCCCAAAGCCAAGGAUGAAUUUGAUGUUAGUCUACCUGCUUCACCGACCAAGCGCAGAAAGCGGAAUGAACCUACUCAGGAUGCUCCUCAAGAGGACGAUGCCACCGAGCCGCGAUCUAUCAGGCGGAGCGGCCGGACUCGUCUUCCAGUCAAAGCAGCUCCAGCAGCUCUAGCAGCACCGAGCUUCAUUCCUGUCCGCCGACUUGGUCAAGAUGGAGAUAGCACAGUAACACUCCGCCGCAACGAGGAGAAAGAUCUUGCAGCCCUUACCAAAGUCAACACGCGCAAGAACAAAGGCGGUGCUUCCCACCCUGCUGACUUCCUCGCCAAGAAAGCAAACGAGAAGGACGACCCAGCAACUCGGCAACGCGCACUCAAAGAGGUAUUUGAUGAGAAGAAUUAUAAGCAGAAGCUGAACAAGAAGGGAAACACUGUUGUUUGGGCGGAAGAGCUUGCACAGUUUCAGACUGAGGAGGGCAAGAAGGUCGUUCUGGCCAGCCUUACUGAGAAGGAAGGGGGCAAAGAGAGUAAGAAGGUUACGAUUCCGGAGAAAGAGCCUGAGAGAGAAAAGGAGAAGGCUAUCCUGCCUGGUGACGAGAAGAAAUCUGUUUCUGCUACUUCGACACCAAAAGUCAAGGUUGGUAUGAGAAGUAAGAUGACUCUUGGUAUGGCUGCUAAUGGGACGCCUGCUCCGAAGAGACGGGUGAGAGCUCGCUCUUGAGAAUGGUGGAGGGAGGAUUUCGACUUGUUCUGUUCUAUUCUGUUCAUGACUUGGUGUGGGUGCAUGACUUGGUGUGGGUGCAUGGCGGAGUCUUGCGUGCUUUCUUCAUUGCUCCAUUGGUGUUCAGGAUUGGAAGGUCAUUGUGAUUUGAUUUGAUUCAUUUGAUUCUUUAGCAUUCCCAUGCGCGUGCAGGAAGAAAGACUCGGGGAAGCAUAGUAAAUAUGUUGGUUGCGGUUGCUUGAUUGGAGAAGUAGUGUGAAUA